GUAAGUAAAACAAUAACAACAGCCUUCGCGUCAGUGAAGCUUCGGUGCGAGACACGGUAUUAUUCCGGUAUUCUGUUGUUGGAGGUUGCACUGCCUAAGCUCUUUUCUACUGUAAAACAUGGCAUCCGACUGUGAGGCUUGGCUGAAGGCUAAUCCCGUGGAGGCUGGGCAUUUCAGUGAUGCCAUCAUUUCUGGAGAGGAAGACAACGGAGGGUGGGUUGUCACCAAUAAGAAUAUAAACGAGAUCAAUGGCAAUUGGUUGACUUCAUCCAGCAACAGCAUCCACGAGGCACGUCUCAAGGCAAAAGCCAAACGUAGGCUGAGGAAGAACUCCUCCAGGGACUCUGGCAGGGGGGACUCCCUCAGUGACAAUGGAGAUGCAGUAAGAGGAAAUUCAGCAGCACCCACAAGUCCCAAGAGCAAACUGCUGGACCGAAAAUCCCGGCUUGGGAAAGGCAGAGGCUUGCCAAAGAAGGGUGGGGCAGGAGGAAAAGGUGUGUGGGGCAGGUCUGGUGAAGUUUAUGAGCCGGUAGCAGUAGAUAAGAAAGACCCCAACUAUGAUGAUCAGGAGAACUGUGUGUAUGAGACUGUGGUCCCUCCGCUGGAUGAGAGGGACUUUGAGAAGACUGUCACCCCUAUAGUACAAGAGUACUUUGAACACGGAGACACAAAUGAAGUCAUUGAGCUCCUGGCAGAGCUGAACCUUGGGCCCAUGCAGAGCGAGGUGCCCUCACUGGCUGUAUCACUGGCUCUGGAGGCAAAGGCCAGCCACCGGGAGCUCACCUCCAGGCUGCUGGCUGAACUAUGUGGGACUGUUUUAUCCCACAGUAAUAUGGAAAACUCUUUUGAUAAGCUGCUCAGAGACCUGCCGGAUCUGGUCCUGGACACGCCUGGAGCCCCUCAGUUGGUGGGUCAGUUCAUUGCACGUGCUGUCGGUGACCAAAUAUUGUCCAAGAACUACAUUGAAGGCUACAAAGGCAAAGUUGACUGUGAAUAUGCAAGGGCAGCACUAGACCGAGCUGUUGUGCUGCAGAAGAUGACUAUGGGUGGGCUUCGCGUGGACAGCCAGUGGGGGGCAGGUGGAGGCCAAAGACCUGUCAUACAGCUCAUUAAAGGGAUGAACCUUCUACUGAAGGAGUACUUACUCUCUGGAGACAUCAAAGAAGCUGAGAGAUGCCUUAAGGAUCUGGAGGUUCCCCAUUUCCAUCACGAGUUUGUCUACGAGGCAAUCGUGAUGGUGCUGGAAUCCAAAGGGGAAAAAACAUCUGAAAUGGUGCUGCAUCUACUCAAGCUGCUUUCCAAGUCCUCCAUCAUAACUGUGGACCAAAUGAAAAGGGGCUACGAAAGAGUUUACAUGGACAUUGCUGAAAUAAACAUUGAUGUACCUCGUGCAUACUUUAUCCUGGAGCAACUUGUUGACAAGAGCUUCCGCAUGGGAAUCAUUGGUGUGAAGUUAAAAGAUCAGUGUCCCUGCUGGAGCCGGAAGAGGUUUUUCAGCGAGGGAGAUGGUGUUGUGAAACUUGAAUCUUACUGAGGAGGCCUUUUUAUGUGCCAGAAUUCCUGUAAAGAAGAGGAUGAGACUACUCUUUUACGAACAUAUUUUAAAAAAAAUAGUCGAGUAAAGUUUUCUCUCUUCUGACAGUAAAAUUCUGAAAUUGAGGUGGGGUAGACAAAAAAACUGCACUUUUGAUUAAAACUGAAGUAGAUAAUUUUAUCCAAGGUGUUUUUAUAGAAACAUUUACAUAAGCUAUUCCUAAAGUGCCACACCUCUCAGUGUCAGUCAUUCCAUGUUGUUUUGUGCAGUAUUUUAUUUUCUGGUUUCACCGCCACUCCUUUUGUGUUUUCCAAAAAGUGUUUGUACAGAGAUAACUGGUUUGUGUUAUUAGCUUUACCAAGUGUGGCUAAAAAACAAAAAUAAAGGGAGAAUGUUGGUUCAGCGCUUUAUUCGCUCCUUAACUAGCUGGUGUUGUGCUUGACUUUCUCCUUUACCUGGUAAAUCACACAAUGAUGUAAAAUAAUAUCAGAACAUCAAAAAACAAAUGCCAGUUGGGUAACUUCAUCAUACCGUGUAAAGAGUGUUUAUUUUUGUAUUAGGAGAGUGAAAUACAUCCAUAUUACUCCUUGUUUGUUCAUUAAAUACCUAUUCAAUAAUGUA